CUUUACACUUCUCUCUGUCAUACUGAUGUCUACUUCUGGGAAGCAAAGGGCCAAAAUCCAGUCUUUCCUCGCAUUCUUGGACAUGAAGCAGCAGGGAUUGUGGAGAGUGUUGGAGAGGGAGUAACAGAAGUUGCACCAGGAGGCCAUGUUUUGCCUGUGUUUACAGGGGAAUGUAAAGAUUGUGCUCAUUGCAAAUCGGAAGAAAGCAAUAUGUGCAGCCUCUUAAGGAUCAACACUGAUAGGGGAGUAAUGAUUCAAGAUGGAGAAUCAAGGUUUUCCAUAAAUGGAAAGCCUAUUUACCAUUUUGUUGGGACCUCUACCUUUAGUGAGUACACUGUGGUCCAUGUUGGUUGUGUUGCUAAAAUCAACCCCCUUGCUCCUCUUGACAAAGUCUGUGUCCUCAGUUGUGGAAUCUCCACAGGCCUUGGUGCAACUUUGAAUGUGGCUAAACCAACAAAAGGAUCAAGUGUGGCUAUAUUUGGACUGGGGGCUGUAGGCCUUGCUGCUGCAGAAGGAGCAAGAAUUGCUGGUGCUUCAAGGAUAAUUGGAGUUGAUUUAAAUGCUAGCAGAUUUGAGUUAGCUAAGAAAUUUGGUGUGACAGAGUUUGUGAAUCCAAAGGAUUAUAGUAAACCAGUUCAAGAGGUAAUUGCUGAGAUGACUGAUGGCGGAGUAGACAGGAGUGUUGAAUGUACAGGCCAUAUUGACGCUAUGAUUUCAGCAUUUGAAUGUGUCCAUGAUGGUUGGGGAGUGGCUGUUCUUGUUGGAGUACCUCAUAAAGAAGCUGUAUUCAAGACACACCCUAUGAACUUGUUGAAUGAAAGGACUCUCAAGGGAACAUUCUUUGGAAACUACAAGCCCCGUUCGGAUCUUCCUUGUGUCGUCGAAAAAUACAUGAACAAGGAACUUGAAUUGGACAAGUUCAUCACUCAUAAACUCCCAUUUGCUGAAAUCAACAAGGCUUUUGAUUUAAUGUUGAAAGGAGAAGGCCUUCGUUGCAUCAUCAAAAUGGAGGACUAAACUUUCUAGCAGUGGAGAACUUCUAGUGUUUACUCUUUGAGAAAAGACCAAUAAAUUGUCAUUUGUCAUUAUUUCUUUGGUGAUUGAGUUGUAACAUUCUGGUCCAAGUCCAUCCAUGUCUCUUCUUGCUUUUUCGCUUAUAGAUAUGCUUUGUCCUUAAUAACGCCA